AUGGGCAAGACCAAAGAGCUGUCCAAGACUGCCAAGGACAAGAUUGUAGACCUACACAAGGCUGGAAUUGGCUACAAGACCAUCCCCAAGCAGCUUGCACCUUUUGGGGAAAUAGAGAACAUUUCAAACUACACAGGGCAGCUGAUCCCCAGAACUGCAGAGCUGGCGGAAUAUGAGAAAGUCACAGAUCAGGUCACAGUUACACAAAAAGACCUUGAGCAGGAUGGGUUUUCUAAAAACCCAUUUUUCCAUGCGAUAAUCGCUGAGGUUCCUGAACAGCACAAGUCCAAAGAUGGUCAUACAAAAAUAGGUUUUUCCAUCUACUACUACAUUUAUAGCUCAUGGAAAGGCCGAGCUGUUUACAUGGAGGACUUGUACGUGAUGCCAGAGUUCAGAGGAAAGGGCCUUGGCAAGGCACUGAUGAGCAAAGUUGCACAGCUGGGACGAGCCGCUGGCUGCACUGAGCUCAAUUUUACGGUGCUGAACUGGAACAAGACAGCGCUGGACUUCUACCUGAAUCAGGGUUCCACGGACCUGACCUCUGACCUGGGUUAUCAUUACAUGUACUGUCAUGGGGAUGCCUUUCAAAAGUUGGCUGAUAAAGAGUUCUAAAUUUUAGGUUCAAGUCAUUCUUUCUAUAUUGUUACAUAUUCUUAAGAUGCUAAAGAAUAGAUCUAUUUGUCUAUAGUACAUUAUCAUUUCUUACAAAAAGGUAAUAUUAGUGUCAUCCAGUGUGAUACAAGUGUGGCAGCAUGCUAAAAUCCUUCACAGGUUCAAAUUUGGUCAUUUUCCUGAGCUGUAAUAUAUUUCUAUAUUGGAAUUAUCAGGAUUAAAAUAGUAUAUAAGUAUAGCCUGGUUAACCACAAAACUGUAGGGUGAAGGGAAAAGUUUACAUUUAUAAAUGAAUUAUAAUUUACAUGAUUUCCAACAUCAUCCACAUCAGUCUCUGUCUGUUACAUUAGCUCAGGAAUUUUCCACAUUUAAACACCAUUGAACACCAGAAUUGGCAGAUCUGCCAAUGGCACCCUGUGCUUUUCACAGAUCAGAGUAGGUUCACCCUGAGCACAUGUGACAGACGUAAAAGGUCUGGAGAAGCAGUGGAGAAAGUUAUGCUGCCUGUAACAUCGUUCAGCAUGACCAGUUUGGUGGUGGGUCAGUGAUGGUCUGGGUAGGCAUAUCCAUGGAGGGAUGCACAGACCUAUACAGGCUAGACAAUGGCACCCUUACAACCACUAGGUAUUGGGAUGAAAUCCUUGGAGCCAUUGUCAGACCCUAUCCUAUCAUUAAGAUAAGAUGUGUUUUCAAAGUGUUCCUAUAAUAUAUCAAAAGCACCAACAAUAGGCAUAUUAGAACAUGCUGAACAAACAAAUCUGAUCCACCUCACAACAUAGGAUCUGUUCCUAACAUCUUGGUGCCAGAUACCACAGCACACCUUCAGGAAUCUAGUGGAGUCCAUGCCUCGAUGGAAUAAAUUAAUUUGCUUAGCAAAUCCAUACAAGAUAAAGAACAUGUCGUCACUCACCCUCCUGCACUCACAGACUGGCUCACAC